UGGAUUUAAGCCUCCAAAAGUUCAUGAGAAUAAUUCUAGGGGUUCAGAAUCCAUGGACAUAAGUUUUUUCAGUCCUCCGGAAACAACCACCUUCUUUCACAAAAACCCUCAAAAAAAUGAUCCUUAUCUAGACAUGCAAAGCACUAAUAACCAGCCUCAGAGUAGCCAUACAUCCACAAGCAUAUCAUCUGAUUCUGGUGAGCCUUGUGGAGAUGGAAAAUGGGCAUCGAGGCUGCUCAGAGAAUGUGCCACCGCGAUUUCUGAUAAGGAUUCUACCAAGAUCCGCCAUCUUUUAUGGAUGCUGAAUGAGCUUGCAUCUCCUUAUGGCGAUUGUGAUCAGAAAUUAGCAUCUUAUUUCUUGCAAGCACUUUUCUGUAAGGCCACGGAGUCCGGCCAAAGGUGUUACAAAACCCUAGCUUCGGUGGCAGAAAAGAGCCACUCUUUUGAUGCUGCUAGGAAAUUGAUAUUGAAAUUUCAGGAAGUUAGUCCCUGGACAACAUUUGGACAUGUAGCAUCAAAUGGAGCAAUUCUGGAGGCCUUAGACGGCGAAAACAAGCUCCACAUAGUCGAUAUCAGCAACACUCUAUGCACUCAAUGGCCUACUUUGCUAGAAGCCUUGGCAACAAGAAAUGAUGAAACCCCUCAUUUGAAGCUAACUGUGGUCAUAACAGCUAGCAUUGCGAAGCCGGUGAUGAAGGAAAUAGCUCAAAGAAUGGAGAAGUUUGCACGGUUGAUGGGAGUACCCUUCGAGUUCAACUUAAUUAGCGGAUUGAGUCACUUGGGAGGACUCACUAAACAGAACUUAAAUAUCCAGGAUGAUGAAGCUAUUGCAAUAAAUUGUAUAGGAGCCCUGAGAAGAGUUCAGGUUGAGGAGAGGACUGCUGUAAUCCAUAUGUUUCAAUCUUUUCAGCCUCGUAUUGUAACUGUUGUGGAAGAGGAGGCUGAUUUUACCAGCUCUAAGAAUGACUUUGUCAAGUGUUUUGAAGAGUGCCUUCGAUUCACUACACUGUAUUUUGAGAUGCUUGAGGAGAGCUUUCCACCAACAAGCAACGAGAGAUUGAUGCUGGAGAGGGAGUGUUCAAGAAGCAUAGUUAGGGUUUUGGCUUGUGAUGAUGAAAUUGGUGAGGGAGACAGAGAAUGCAGGGAAAGAGGAUCCCAAUGGACUGAGAGGCUCCGGGAAGCGUUUUCACCAGUGAGUUACAGUGAUGAUGUUGUUGAUGAUGUUAAAGCACUUCUUAAGAGGUAUCGGACCGGAUGGUCAUUGCAGCCACAGCAGGCAGAUCAUGAAUCAGGAAUCUACUUGGCAUGGAAAGAGGAACCUGUAGUAUGGGCUUCAGCAUGGAAACCCUAACAAAAUGGUCAUAAAAUUGUUUGAAAAAUCAAGCUUAGCAUUGAGAUUUAUUUAUAUUUGGAGCCAGGACAAUUGAACAUAGACAGAGUUUCCAUAGAUAGACAAUCCGUUUUGGUUUUUCUCCAUGAUCAUGCAUACAUGUAUCUUCUUCUUUUUUUACUUUUUCUUUAUUUUCC